GUUUCUUUAAAAAAAGUAAUGACAAUUUCUCUGUAAUCUUGCACAGUCUAGGGGGCGAUUUUCGUCACACAGAGACCUGGUCACCGGCAGGAACGACUUGCACUCUACGACCUUCGAACUGCCUUGAUAUGACGAUAUUUACAUUGUAACCAACCACUUCGGAACAUCCUUUGUCGCUUGGGGCUGCGAUCGCCUGUUUCGGAGUAUACGGAGUAGCCUCGCUGUCGCGGCGCAGGUGAUAAAGUGAUCGCUCGAUGCGCCACACAUUCAUAAGCUCUGUGAUAGGGCGCACGACUUCCGCAUCGGCACAAAACAUUGCAGUCUCCACUUACGCCCCACUUCCAUCCAACGCAUCAAGUCCACCGAUCAACAAGAGCACUAGCUACCGUCUCGAGACUUUUAUGGAAGGUAUCUGCAUGGUGACAGAUGGCAUAUACUACAACAUCUUCUUCGUAAAAUGUUGUUCUGUCAUUGUGAUUGAUGCACCACCCACCAUAGGCACUAACCUGCUUCGCGCCAUAUGUAACAUCACGUCUCUGCCAAUCUCGCAGGUGAUGUACAGCCACUCGCACAUCGGCCACAUUGGAGGCGCCUUUUUUUCUUCUUCUUCUUUUGGCUCACUGAAGAUCGAUACGUUCAUCGGCCACAAUGAGACAGCAGAAAGGUUUGCCGCUGUGCAAGACUAUCAACACCAGCCCUACCCAACUGUCACAUUUUCUGACUUAUACACACUCAAUGUGUGCAACCAAACGCUACAGCUCGAUUAUCUGGGUCUAAAUCAUGAGCCUGGCAACAUCGUUACAUAUGCGCCGUACCAGAAGGUUUUUACGCCGCGCGAGUACGUACAAGACCUUUUCAACACGUGCCUAGCCGCCCUCACAGCGUCUGGGCAGCCAGACGACAAUGGCACGAACACUUUGUCAAAUGAAGUCACACUGCGCGGCGUAGUCAAGGCCAAUCCCAACAACGCUUGGCGUGAAGGGGUUGUGAAUGAGACGAUUGGGCAAUGGAAUGAUGCAUUGUAUGAUAUGAAUGUUUAUGGCCUGAGCCAUGCGCAGACGCUGUCUGAAGCUGUACGGGUUGACUGGGGUAUACAGCGACCGUACGGCGUCGUGAACUGA